GAGUGGGGGAAUCUGAUAAUGAAGAUUAUAUAUAAAGAGAAGCUGGCAUGAGUUUGGUAUAACUUCACAGAUUUCUCCCAAGGAAAAAAAGAGAAACAAAACAGUAAGUGGGGAACCUUGAAGCUAGUUCAAACUAGUGGGAGGUUGAUCCACGUUCUAACUUCAAAUCCAAACUUAAACACAAAUCCAAACUUUAAAUCAUCAUAUAGAGAUGGUUCGUGGAAAGAUUCAGCUGAAGAGGAUUGAGAACCCGGUUCACAGACAAGUGACGUUCUGCAAGAGGAGAACCGGUCUUCUCAAGAAGGCGAAGGAGCUCUCUGUGCUCUGCGACGCCGAGAUUGGUGUUGUGAUCUUUUCUCCUCAAGGCAAGCUCUUUGAGCUUGCAACUAAAGGAACAAUGGAGGGGGUGAUUGAUAAGUACAUGAAGUGUACUAGUGGAGGUUGCAGUUCUUCUUCUGCUACUUAUACUGCUCAAGAACAACUUAAACCCCAGAAUCAUGAUCCGAAAGAUGAGGUUAAUGUGCUUAAGCAAGAGAUUGAGAUGCUUCAGAAAGGAAUAAGGUAUAGGUUUGGAGGAGGAGAAGGGGCGAUGAAUCUUGAAGAACUUCUUCUGCUUGAGAAGCAUCUUGAGUAUUGGAUAUCUCAGAUCCGUUCUGCUAAGAUGGAGAUUAUGUUUCAAGAGAUUCAGUCCUUGAGAAACAAGGAAGGAGUCCUCAAAAAUGCCAACAAGUAUCUCCUCGAUAAGAUAGAAGAGAACAACAACAGCAUUUUAUAUGCUAACCUCGCAACAGUGGAGACUAACUAUUCUUAUCCACUAGCCAUGCCAAAUGAAAUAUUUCAGUUCUAGACCAUGGGAUAUUUGAAGACUAUGUCUUACGAAUUCAAAUACUCUUUGGUAAGCAUAAUUAGUGUUGUUAAACCACACACAAUAUAAUAAAGCCUGUGGUACUUUACUAGGCUGUUGAAAAUCUAUUUGUAACUUUUUCCUCUUGUUUUGAAUUUGUUGGUGUGAGCAAUGAAAUGACUACAAGUGUUGUUUACACUUUGUACUUAAACUCUUUCUAUCUACGUUUUGAGUUUAUGUUAACUGAGAAU